GGUAACGCGCGUUGUCACGUAGACAGCGGGUUUGCCUGUGUUACAAAGGCUUACAGACGAAGCGACGUAGAGACAAUGAACGAGUUGGCAGCGGUUGUGGACGGAUCGAGUAGCACUAACGCUGCAGUUCGUUACCCAGCGUGGUGCUGGCGUAACUGGAAGUUGUUCAUAGGCGAACACUUCAAUGCGCUACCUGGCAUAUGGAAAAAUCAGUUCUUCCGAGUGUCGUCUGUCUACCCCGGCGUUGUCAUGGCGAAGACAUGCAGCGACGGUGAAGAAACCUCUGUGUUUAUUGAAGAACCCAGGUUUCCUCUUCACGAACAUCGACCGUCCAACUGUGCACAGCUGCUCGCUCCCGGAUUAUCUGCAGCACGGCGCGACUACUUGCGUGAUAACGUGCGACCUCUAUUGUCAGCUCGGGGUCAUGAAGGCUUCGCGUGCCGUGUUAGAAAAAUGUGACAUUUUUACCGUUCUAACUGUGCUAAAGGUUUAUUUAACCAGUAAUUGUUAAUGUAUUAUGGA